AUGAUUAAAUUAGAAAAAGCUUUGCCUCAAAACUCUGAUUUAUCAAAUAUUGAGAAAAGUGAUGGCGCAUAUGUGCCUGCUCAUGCUGAUGAGAAGCAUCAGAUUUCUGAUUCUUCUUCCAGAACUAAUUCUAGUCUUGAAUUUAGUAUAGAAGCAACAUCAAUUCUUAUCAAUUAG